AUGGAUACUCUCACAGCCACCUCUGUUUCCAGCAGGCCCUGGGUGCUCCAGUUCCUCAGAAAUCUCUUUGGGAGCAACAGGCACGUCAUGCAAGAGGAUCAGAGACCCAAUGAAGAGGCAAAUGAUAAAGUUAACGUCAAAAGUGAACUCCUGGACUCUCCUCUGCCCGAUAAUGGGCUUGAAACAACAUUACUAGGCAAAGAACCAGACACCACCACCACCACGUCUUCCAGUGAGAUCUGUGAGGGGUUGAUGGGUGGCUGCCCUGAAGAGCUAUCACUGCUAAAGGAAAUCAGUCUUGGAGAUACCACCCCUAUAAAUGAGAACAAGCAAUCCAUUUUAUUUAACUCGACUGGGACGGAGAUGGGAGACUCAGAUGGUUUUGCUGACUCAGUGAUAAGUAACUUGGCCCAGGGCCCAUGUGAAAACGUUCCUGUCAUAGGAGAGAAGAAAGAAAAAUCUGGGGACAGAGGAACACUAGGAAAGGAUGGAUUUCCCCAGGUCCUAUGUGCAGAUGAUGGAAUUGCUAUGGCUGCAGGAUCCAUGACUGAUGUUAAGGGCUGUAGCGCUGAAGAAGAAAGAGAGCAUCUACUGAAAGAAGAUGUUCGAGAAGAACCUGCAAAAGCAGAGCUCUCUCCAUGGAACAGACUCCUCAAUAUGUACAAGCAGCGCCGGAGGCUUCCUGCUUCUAAAGUGCUGCAUGAAGAUAUUCCGGUACAACCAGUAAUUGAAGAUGAAGCCACAUUGGACCUAAUGAUAUAUGGAACUGCAACACCCAAGCCCCAUGUCAUCUUAUCAAAUUCCCUUGUCUGUGGGUUGUCUGAAUAUGAGGAUGGAGCAGUAGCUGGUGAUUGUGAGAUGACACUCAGAGGCCCAGGAAGAAAUGAUGUUGACAGCCUGGAGCACCCUAAGAAUGUGUACUGAUAAAAGGCUGUAGGAGAAGUCACCUUGAGUCUGCCACCUGCACCCUUCUCCACUUUGCUUGCUGAAAAGAAGAUGGUCUUCUAGGGAUUCUUAUUUGUAACCCACCAGGACUGUUUCAAAUUCUUUACUUGUUCUUUUGUUCUUUC